AGCUAAUAUUUCAGCAACAAUGUCUUCAGCUCAGCAUCUCAGAGAGUUUAUCAGAGAGAGACUAACUGCUGCUGCUGAAGAAAUCUUCACCGAGGUCGAAAAAACCAUCAUUUGCUACGAGGAGCAGCUCGAUGCUCAGCGCAGGAUGAUGGGGAUCAACUGGAAACCGCAGAUAAAACUCAACAGAAUCGGUUCGGAGCUGCAGAGACAAAGUUCUGACGUCCAAAAGCUAAAUGUCUUCACUGAGCAGGAAGUUUCUUCCAUCCAACUUCUGUGUAACCAGGGGAGGCGGUCCAGCCACGAGGAGGAAGCAGAACCUCAGUGGACUGGAGGGGAUCAAAUGGAGCCGGAUCCUCCAAGACCACCUGAACGGACACUGAUGGAAGGAGAAAGUGAGAACGCCGAGUCUUCAUGGGAUAAAAGGCCACGGAAAACAUCAGAGCCUCCACCGACUGAAGAAUGGGAGGAAUCAGAAACUGACUGGAUGAACGAGGAAGAAGCAGAAAUUAAACCUUCGCUGUUUAAAGAUUGGCAGGAACCAGAAACUCAAUGGAGUAAAGAGGAAGAGGAGGAUCCACGAAGACCACAGAAUGAAGAACGGGAGGAUCCAGAAACUGCAUGGAUUAAAGAAGAAGUGGAACCACUGAUGGGAGUGAAGCAGGAAACAGAUUCUCCUGUAUUUAGCUGUGAAGGAGAGCGAAGACCUGAGCAGCUUUCUCGUCAUAUUUCUGCUGUAGUUGAGAGCAAAGAUCAGGGAGGAAGAAAUAUUUCCACCGUGUCAGAAACUCAGUGCUUUACUGACAAGUGUGAUAUUUGUGGGAAAUCGUUCAAGAAGAAGUUUAACUUGAAACAGCAUUACAGGAUCCACACUGGUGAGAGACCUUUCUGUUGUGAAAUAUGUGGGAAAAGUUUCUCUCAAUUUAGUAAUUUAAAAGUUCACAAGAAAAUUCACACCGGUGAGAGGCCUUUCUGUUGUGAAACAUGUGGGAGACGUUUCUUAAGAAUCGAUCAUUUAAAUAUUCACAAGAAAAUUCAUACAGGUGAAAGACCUUUUUCUUGUGACUUAUGCAGGAAAUCUUUCACUCGUAUCGAUAAUUUAAACAACCAUAAGAAAAUUCAUACAGGUCAGAGGCCUUGUCAAACAUAUGGAGAAGAUUUCUCUCUUUACAACAAAGUGAAUGCAGGUGAAAGGCCUUUUUCAUGUGACACAUGUGGGAAAGGUUUUAUACAUAGUUCAUAUUUAAAUGUUCACAGGAGAACCCACACAGCUCAUUGAUACGGCUACACAGAUUUCAGUCUGUCUUGGUAAAUUAUUUUGAAAAUACGGAUGUUGUGCUUGUGCAUUUUCCUGUUGUGAGAUUUUAGUUUAGCAGUAACGAGACAUGAAGUUACUUUUAAAAUGAAUCAUACAUGUUAUAGAUGCAGGUUAGAUUAAAAUAUUUGACUUUUCUUACUUGAUUAUUUCUGUUACUAGAUUAAGCUGUUCUGACCCUUACUAAUAAAUAUCAAGCAUAAAGAAAAAUCUAAAACAUGAUGUGGACAUUGACUUACUGAGUCCUGAUCAUUUAUGUGAUUCAGUGCAUGAUUCUAGAAAUGAAAGGUUUUGAUAGGUUUCUUUGGCCUAAGCUACAUUAAAACAUCUUUGGGUUUCGCUGAGUCACUAAAACUGACCAGGUUCAGAAACAAGAACAUGAUGCAACAAAGAUGAUGUAUGGGAAACAGAACAUAUUUACUGGUAUCACAUUUUAAAGUGAGUUUUAAGUUUUUAAUGCAAAAGAGAUGAGAAGACACUAAAUGAGUAUCAGUAUGAAUCUGAUACGAUCUGGGUUCAGUUUCUGUUUGCAGAUCAGAUGGAUGAAAACAAGGUUAAAAUAAUCUGUUUAAUAAAUGGCAACAUUUGGCUCAAUGUUACUGUAACACUGAUUUAUUGAUUAAUUUGCUUCAUUGUUAAUAUUUGCAUCGUUCCACUGUUUCACAAAGUGAGAUAAUUUCUGCUGAAUUAUUUUGAUCUGAACUGGGAGGAAACAGUAAAAACAGCAACAUCUUCAGGUUCUCAGUAUUUACAGCAAACUUAAUUCAGCAGUAAAUGUUGCAGUGGUUGUUUUUUAUUAAUAACUUUAAACUGGAAUCUCAUUAUUCUGCAUGUCAACAUACAGCCCAGUUUUAAUAAAUGAUUAACUUUCUGUUAUAAGAUAUAUGAAUUAUGAAUAAUUGAGGCCUGGAGGCUGUAAAUGAAACAGAUUGUGGUCAGAGAGCAGAUAUGAAUCAGUGGUUAUUAGAACCGACCAAACUGCUGGCAGCCAAUCAGACUUGGUUCCUGCAGCUGUGUGGGUUUGUGCUCUGCAGCCUCCACACCGUUAGCUGUGGCUUCUCACCUUAAUAACACAAUGACAGUUACAAGCAUCGACUGAAACAAUCGUUCAGGAAGCACCUGUUUCUUCAUCUGAGAGAGAAACAGCUCAGAGCUGAACUCACAGCUCAGCAAUCAGCUCUGAUCACAGUCAGAAACCUCUGAUGAACUACAGACCAGUUAGGAUGGAUAAAUGAAAAACAUCAUCAGGAUCAUCUGAAUAAUAAUGACAGCAUCAGAACUGAAGAGAAUCAUACUAGCUUAUUAUUUCCUGUAUGAAAUGUUUGUGCUGCAUUUGAUUAAAAACUAUUUAAAAAGAACCAAAGCAGCUGAACUCAAACCACUGAGACAAACAUUCAUGUUGCUUCGUUCCUGUGAACCAGCAGCAGGACCAGGCGGCCAUGUUGGUUCUGAUCCGGUCUAGUUUCUCUUAGCUGUUGGUAAAACCAAGAUAAUCCUGUUUUUACAAGAAAGUGGAACAAAUUCUUCAU